CUUUUGUCCAUUCCCUCCGCACGAUCAUCUAGAAUGAUGAGAAUUGUACAAGAAGACAGCUUUCAUCGCCCUGUCUUCACCUCUGGACUGCUCGCUCAUCUGUUCUUCUUCCCUUGGUAUCCCUCUACGGAUAAUAUCCCCAGUCUAGGUAUCCGAUACUAGUGAACCCAAAGCAGUUCAAUGAACAUUGCGAGCCAUCAUUGAUGAGAUCGCCGCGGACCUACCACGAGGAAAAAAAAGGAUCGUAUACUCGAAUUGAAGUGUGAUACAGGUUCGAAUGAAUGCGUCGAGGAUCAGUGACGACGGGCAUUCUCCGACAUCACUCGCGUUUUAAACUUCACUGGUAUACAUCGGUCCACCGCCCGACGACAGCGAGGCCCUCAAGGAAUCAUCCAAUUACUUGCCAAACGCGAACCCACGCCCGUAAGAGAAUGGAGAAAGCAGAAAGACCACAAACGGAUGAAGAGCUGGGGCCACUCAUUGGUAUUUCUGUCCUGUACACCCAGUGUCGAGCAUUCUCAUCCCGACAGUACCAGCCGAUCUGUCAAUUUGGCUAUCGGUGGAUGCCCUUGCAAUACAAGAGCCAUGGACGCCCCGCAAGAGUUUAAUCUGAAGCUCAAGCUCAGCGUUCCAACUUCCUUCACGGAAAAACUCAAGCUCAAGCUCAAGCUCAAGCUCAAGCUCAAGCUCCUCAAGAAAAUCUGUUCUUAUAAAGUCCACCGUUGGUCCGAGCAGUCUUGUGGAAACUUCAUCCAAACACACGACCUGGCAGCAUCCGAUACCGAUGUUAAGCAUUAUCCCAUAACGAUCAUUGGAAUGUGCCUCAUCAAAAUCCCCCGCCCGGUCGCCAGGCGCGGUAGUAGUAGCAUUGGCGGACCCCCGCCGGACCCUGAGCGGUGGAACGCCGAACUACCGCCGGAGAACACCCCCAACACCCCCAACACCCACGAAACCGAACGGGGCAUCCCAGACAUAUCGUCGCCGGAGUACAUUCCCACGACCUCCAGGAUUGUGAUGCGGCGUGACGAAAUAUCCGAGCCGCCCGUGCCGCGGCGCGCCACGGCCGGCACCCAGCGCAGCGGUGUGGCUGCCCAGCCAGGAGUUUCUAUCUGCAAUAUGGGCUGUUGCUGGUGGGUUUUCAUGUGUGCACUCGGGAUAAGAUUCACUAUUGGCCUCGUCUGUAUCGUGAUUAGCAGGAAUGGGCAAAUUACGCUGUAGAGAUUCCUACAUUCCGCAACGGAAUACCAUUUAUCCGCAGGGCAACUCCAUCUAACAGAAUAUGGAAUGCGUAACCCAUUCUGCGCGUACAUGAACGUGUAUUCGGCAGGAUCGAGGGUUUACAAGGCGGGUUCUAAUUCCCCAGUAGGGUGUAUCUUACAGCUACAUAGAAGAUUCGCAAGCCGAUUUUAUGC